CACCAAAUGUGACAUUUUGCAUGAAUCUGAUCGCCUUCAUAUAGUUUUUAUUUCCAGACAAUGCGCAACUAGGCAUGUAUUAACAACAUUUUAUCUGGUGUUUUUCCAGGAGGGAAAAAGGGGCAUGGCGCAUAACUUUGAAAAAGGGCAUUUUAACUCACAGUUUAGAGAGACACAAUUUACUUGCUGUAUUAUCCGCCAGCUUGUUGAAAUGAUGUAAGCGACAGGUGCGCAUAGCAAUCAACUUGCAUAAAAAUUAUUCACAAUCGAGACCUACAAUAUAAACAAAAAGAGAUGGGUGUGCAAGGAUUGCUGUCAACCUGCUUAGAAAAUGCGGAACAAAGCACAGAGAGUUAUGAUCUCAUACUGGAGGCUCAAAGGAGGGGCGGUCUGGAACUUAUUGUAGACUUCUACUCCUUUCAACAAGAGAUUGUGUUGAAGUUCUGGAAAGGUCUUAGUCAAUUAAGGAACAACCCUUAUUUGAGAAUUUUGGGAGGGGAGUACGCAACGUUGGAUGCAUAUAUUUCUAAACUUAUUACAGAUCUCAGGUCUUUGGGAAUAGAACUUGUAUUUUAUAUUGAUGGCGGUAAAGGAAGUUCCACUGAAGGAACGAUGCAGAAAAUGGACACUUGGGUAAGUCGUCACGAACAAGAUCUGAAGCGUGUGUCAGACAUUCUUGAGGUGCUGCGGGGCACACGCAGCAUUGAUGACUUACCCUGGGACAACAACGUUCGUCCGGUUGUUCUCGAGGAUCAGGUUAUGUCAUCUUUAAAAAAGUGUGAGUGUGAAAUACAUCAAUCCGCUGCAGGGGAAGCAGACAUGUUGGUCAUAAGAGCCCUUAAAGAAAGACCAAAGGCAUUUGCAAUUUUGAGCAAUGACUCUGAUUUUUGUGUGUUCAGGGACAGUAGAUUGAUUCCAAAUAAGUUUUUUGACAUGGGUAAUAAUCUGCGGCUUGGUUGCCCCCAAGAAUUACCAGAAAAGCCUUCUCAAUUGCUUGUAAAGGUGAUCACAACUGAAAAGGUUAUGUCCAUGUUGAAGUUAAAUCAACACUACCUGUUGGUUGAGAUGGGUAUUGUGGCAGGAAAUGACUUCACAGGACCCUUCAUGAGGGGCGGUCUUCACAGCCAGCUGGAUGUGCGGGGGAGGCGGUGUGUGCAGAACUUCGCAGGUUGGAUAAGACAUUACAGGAAUGUUGACAAGCACCCGUUUCUGUGUGACCAUAUGCAACGUGACCCGAACUUUCGGCAAGCAGUCUACCACAGUAGGAACUUCUACAAUGAACGAGGGACACCUGAUGCCCCACCAAGAAAAGGCUUCUAUUCUCAAGUAAUUGAGGAGAACAUUCACUCAGGCAAGUUUCCCACCAACCUGAUGAGCAUGCACAACAACUUUUACUGGUACAGAAUGCUGCUUGAGGACACUAGCCCCGGGGCCCCAAGUGUGGAAUGUGCGUUGACUCAGCUCAGGGCGUACGUGUACCGUAUCGUGCUACCACGGCAUGAACAGAUAGUCAAUGAGUACGGACGGUCACCUUAUGAGAGCUUCAGGAAAGCUGAGAUCAAUGCCAUUGAUGAUGGUAAGGCCCCACCCCUACACAAGAUACAGUCUGACAAGAUAUUCAAUAACCUUCGCACCUUUCAUCAGAUCAUGUCCUGUCAGGAAAGAGGUCCAGAAGCAGUGAACUGGUUUGAUCGUUACGGUCGAAAGAACGGCUUUAUUGUGUACAUUCUGCGUUUUUUUAUCGUGUUAAACUGGGGCCGUAAUCUCCACAUAACGGACAACGAGUUUCUAGCCCUGGUGGCCAUGAUGUUCGGAAGACAGAAGGAGUCCCAUUAUCAGAGCAUGGCCAUCUGUCCAACUGUGCGGUGUGUGACCAUAGGAAAUUGGAUGCAGGACCUAUAUCGGCAUGCCCACCUGAUGCUGGGAAGUGUUUUACAUGUGAGACAUGAGUUUCCACUGCCAUCAGAGCUCUUUUCUGGAUCUGUCUGGACAGCCAUGUACAUGGUGGCACAAGAUGAAACUUUCAGACAGGCCGCCAGACAGGUGCCCGUGGAGAUGUUGUAUCAAACACAACAAGAGAUGAAUGCUGUCAUCAAGGAAAAGAAACACAUGAUACGCCAUAUUGUGGAGCAGUUCUUCCCCUUCGAAGAUUGAGACCUUAUUGCAAGCUUUUGCCAUGGACAUUCAUAGCCAUAUCCGGUUUUCAAUCGGAAACAUCGCUAUCAAUAUGAAAGCUAUUUUAAGCGAAUCACAUAUAGAUAUUGUAAUUGACAAAAGUCUAAUGAGAAACAUGAUUAGCCCAAUUCUGUCAUUUUUCCGAAAUACUCGGCUAUUGUCAGUGGGAAAAAGCGAUGGCAGUAAAUGUCAUUUCAAACAAGAACCACCGAUAUAAAUAAUCUGCAUCUGUGCUCGUUAUUCCCAGGCUUUUAAAAGCAUUGGGAUAUUGAAUUGAUCUUCGCUGUCUGUCUGUCUGUCCUGGCCAAUAUCUCCUCCUACACUAUUAGCACUAGAACCUUGAAACUUACACACAUGGUAGCUAUAAGCAUAUGUGUGAUGGUGAGCUAUCUGGAAUUUUGAUCUGACCCCUGGGGCAAAAGUUAUUCGUAAAAAACCCCUCUUUUUACUAACAUUAUGCGACGCACAUGAUAAUAACUUUUGCCCCAGGGGUCAGAUCAAAAUUCCAAACAGUGCACUGUCGCACAUAUGCUCAUAGCUACCAUGUGUGUAAGUUUCAAGGUUCUGACCCAAGGUACCCAAUCUCAACUAUGUAUGGCCCCAUUACCAACCCAUGGGCGCCCGGCCCACAUAGACCACGCCCACCCAAAAUUUUGUUUCAACAUAACUUCUUUAUUUAUUCACCAAUAUAAUUCAAAUUAAUUCUCAACAUCUCUUGUGACAACACAGUCUAUCUCGACCAUCCAUGCUAACAUUACCCACCCUGGGGCCCCACCAACAUAGGCCUUGCCCACCCAAAAUUGCCUUUUAAUAUAACAUCUAUGCAGCGUGGGGAUAUUCGUUGGCCUCUGAAGCACCAUUUUUAGCUCACCUGAGCACACCGUGCUCAUGGUGAGCUUUUGUGAUCACCUUUUGUCCACCGUGCGUCGUCCGUUGUGCGGCAUUAAUAUUUGCCUUGUUAACUCCCUAGAGGCCACAUUGUCCAAUCUUCAUGAAAUUUGGUCAGAAGAUUGGUCUCAAUGAUAUCUUGGAUGAGUUCGAAAAUGGUUACGUUUGCUUGAAAAACAUGGCUGCCAAGGGGCGGGGCAUUUUUCCUUAUAUAGCUAUAUAAUGGUUAUAGUAAAAUCUUGUUAACACUAUAGAGGCCACAUUUAUUGUCCAAUCUUCAUGAAACUUAGUCAGAAGAUUUAUCCCUAUAAUAUCUUGGACGAGUUCAAAAAUUAUGCCAGUUCGUUGAAAAACAUGGCCACCAGGGGGCGGGGCAUUUUUCCUUAUAUGGCUAUAGUAAAACCUUGUUAACACUCUAGAGGCCACAUUUAUUAUCCGAUCUUCAUGAAACUUGGUCAGAAGAUUUUUCCCAAUGAUAUCUUGGAUGAAUUUGAAAAUGGAAAACUAUGCUUGAAAAACAUGGCUGCUAAAGGGCGGGCAUUUUUCCUUAUAUGGCUAUAUUUGGCUAUAGUAAAAUCUUGUUAACACUCUAGAGGCCACAUUUAUUGUCCAAUCUUCAUGAAACUUGGUCAGAAGAUUCAUCCCUAUAAUAUCUUGGACGAGUUCAAAAAUGAUGCCCUUUGGUUGAAAAUCAUGGCCGCCAGGGGGCGGGGCAUUUUUCCUUAUAUGGCUAUAGUAAAACCUUGUUUACACUCUAGAGGCCACAUUUAUUUUUCGAUCCAUGAUACUUGGUCAGAAGAUUUGUCCCAAUGAUAUCUUGGAUGAGUUCGAAAAUGGUUUUGGUUUCUUUAAAAACAUGGCCACCAGGGGGCGGGGCAUUUUUCCUUAUAAGGCUAUAUAUGGCUUUUGUAAAACUUUGUUAACACUCUAGAGACCACAUUUAUUGUCCAAUUUUCAUGAAAUAUGGUCAGAAGAUUUGUCUUAUUGAUAUCUUAAAUGAGUUCGAAAAUGGUCACGUUUGCUUGAAAAACAUGGCUGCCAAGGGGCAGGGCAUUUUUCCUUAUAUGGCUAUAUAUGGCUAUACUAAAAUCUUGUUAACACUCUAGAGGCCAUAUUUAUAGUCCGAUCUUCAUGAAACUCAGUCAGAAGAUUCAUCCCAAUAAUAUUUUGGAGUUCAAAAAUGAUGCCGGUUGGUUGAAAAACAUGGCUACCACGGGGGCGGGGCAUUUUUUACUUAUAUGGCUACAUAGUAAAACCUUGUUAACACUCUAGAGGUCACAUUUAUUUUCCGAUCAUCAUGAAAAUUGGUCAGAAGAUUUGUCCCAAUGAUAUCUUGGAUGAGUUUGAAAAUGGUUUGGUUGCUUUAAAAACAUGGCCACCAGGGGCAGGGCAUUUUUCCUUAUAUGGCUAUAGUAAAACCUUGUUUACACUCUAGAGGCCACAUUUAUUGUCCAAUCUUCAUGAAAUUUGGUCAGAAGAUUGGUCUCAAUCAUAUCUUGGAUGAGUUCGAAAAUAAUUAUGUUUGCUUUUAAAACAUGGCUUUCAAGGGGCGGGGCAUUUUUCCUUAUAUGGCUAUAAUAAAAUCUUGUUAACACUCUAGAGGCCACAUUUACUGUCCGAUCUUCAUGAAACUUGUUCAGACGAUUCAUCACGAUUAUAUCUUGGAUGAGUUUUAAAAUGCUGCUGGUUGGUUAAAAAACAUGGCUGCUCUUGUUGCCAAAUUGAAAAGCCGAUAUGUGCUUUUGAAAACGGCCCUUUCUCUGAUUUUUAUGUGAUACCACUGUCAUAAUGGUACAGAUAUGACCAGAUAAGACGGAAAAUAAGUUUUGUGUGAGGUUAAUUUACUGAGUCUUUUAAUCAGCGUUUAUUGUUACAUUGUACGAAUUUGUAAGCAUAAGAAUAGAUUGUUAAAUUCUUUUGUAAAAUCUGAAUGUAACUUAAUUUCAAUGUUCCAUUUUUGCAUGUUUAAAAGCUCUUGUUCUGAGGAUUAUCUCUUUUAAAUAAUUAAAUCACUUGCUUACAAUCACAAAAUAAUCCAAAUAUUUUGCUUGGUUGUGUUGAUUGGGUUGUGUUGAUUGUUUUCUUCAGUACAGUUACAUUUUUGGUUUAAACUUCAUAUAAGAAUGACAGAGCGUGUUAAAUCUUUGAAUGCUUGUAAAAUGCCUCCAGAUGACGAACCUGUAGCGAUCUUUGUGCUGAGAGCGGUUGUGUUCUUCUGAUUAAUCCACAAGAAGAAGACAUGUCUGAUUGUUUAGUGCUAUUAUUAACGUUUUAAGUUAUCAUUAUGUUAAUUAUUGGUGCAUUAGUAUAUGUGCAUGCUAGUAUACUUUACUAUACCUAAAAGGGGAAUAAACAAUAUUUUUUAAAUAAUGUUGUUUUUUGUAUCGCUCAUAUCAAUUAAAAUCACGUCUUAAAAUGUUGUGACAUAUUUUGUGAUUGUGCGCUUUUUACUGUGGACUGAGAGUGAAACUUUUUGAUUUCCAUGUUUAGAUAAAUAAUAAUUAUUAUCCUCAAUAAAACCCUAGUAGCAAACAGCCAUAUAGACACUUGAUAUUCAUGAACGUCUGUAUGCGAUGAGAGGUUUGUAUUUACUUGUUAUCACAGAAUAACAGUUCGUAUAAAAUAACGUAGAAGACCAGUUUAAAGAGUGCUGAUUUGGUUGUAAUUGAUAAUAAGGGUAUUUGUUUCCAUUUAGAUUCUCCAACCAUUCUGAUAAUCGAGUUGUAAAAUUACCCUUUGACAAAAGGGUAUAGUGAAACAAAAUUUAUUCUGAAAAUGUAAUUGCCCUUACUCUUUUUCAGUUAUGCAUUGAGGAUAAAAAACUAUUAACUUUAUUAAUGUUUAAGAACGAUUAAAUAUGUUAUUUCAUGGUA